GCCUCUGCACUGCACCAGGGAAGGGAUGGCUGCUGUUACAGGCUUACUGGAGUGGGUUUUUGCCCUGUACUUCCUCGCUCAUAUUCCCAUCACUUUAAUAAUAGACCUGCAACCGCUUCUGCAUGGAGCUGGCAUCUACCCUCAGAGUCUGACGGGGUUGUUAAAAUGGUAUGCGGUUACCUUUAAAGAUUCCAUGAUGCUGGAGCCCCCUCCCUGGUUUAAGUCGUUUAUAUGUUGUGAAGCCGCCCUACAACUGCCCUUCUUUCCCUUUGCGGCCUAUGCAUUCUUAAAAGGUGGCUGCAAAUGGAUACGGACUCCAGCACUUAUCUACUCCAGUCAUGUAGCUACAACUGUAUUUCCUAUCCUUGCACACAUCCUGUUCGAAGACUUCUCGGCGGCCAAGCAUCAGGGUCCAGAGACAGUGCAGGAACGCCUUACUCUGCUAUCCUUCUACGCGCCGUAUUUGCUGAUUCCCGUGCUGCUCCUGCUUACCAUGUUGUUCAGCCCCCAAUACAACCAGGUGGAGAAAAGGAAAAAGAAAUAAUGGUGAAAUGGAAACAGCCUAAAUAUCUAGCCCCAUUUGUUCUCUGAAUCUCCUCCGUCCAGGUCCUGUCUAGCGCAGUCUGCUGCCCCAAUUCACCCUAGUAUGAGUCCCAAAUAGAAUUGGCUGGAAGUCACUGCUCUUCCCAAAACAAGUAGCAAUUCCCCCUGCUGUACUUUCUGCUGUGGCUAGAGGGGCCUGACGUCUCUGGUGCUAGCAAACUGGUGCGUUUCAUCAGUGCGAACAAAACACACAUGUAAAGCCUUUGAGGUACAAUACUGAAAAUAGAGCAUUGCACUUGCCUUCUGCCUCCCUUUCAGCUGCUCUCCUCCCCCAAAAGACCAUGGAUCCCCCGUCUGUUUAAAAAUAAGACAUGCUGGAGGCUGCAUAAUUGCACAGUGUUAGGACUUAAUUAACUACAAGCAGCUGGGGAGUAGAGAGAGGCUGUGAGGGAGGGAAUGUUUUUUCUGUAUCAUUUUUAUUAGAAGUAAAACCAGGGUCUGGUUCUGCCCCCCGAUACAUAUGCACAAUCCCAUUGGCUCAGGGAUUGCUGGGGGCAGAACCUGGCCCAGUAGAGUUAAGAGUCUUACUGAAUCUAUGCGGAUACAGCCAAGUCACGUAGCUGGGUAAGUCUUAAGAUUUCACAACUCUGAACUUGUGGGCCAAAACUUUAAUUAUGUAUUUUUGAUCUUGUGCCUGGCCGCCCCUGCAGCCACCCCCUUAUACCAUUGCCUAACCAUCUGGAAGUACAGUAUGAGCCUUUGUUAAAGAGUCUGCUGGUCCCAGCUCCAUUUUUGAUUAUGAAGUGGAAUCACGGGCUAGAGUAUAUUUCAAGACCUGCCUCUAAAGUGGAUUUCCCAUGCUAAACUGUAAUCUACUUUGGUAUACGUCUGCUUUCUGUAUAGCUCUUCUUCCCAACGGGUCCUAAAGUCUUUUCCUAAUUGUGUAUGAGCAGGGACCUUUUCCCCCACUUCUGACCUGCAGCGUACCUCCCAGCAGCCCUGGGUUUCGUGGGGCUAGCCCACUUUGACCCUAAGCCCGUCUCAGUUGGAGCGAACAUUUCCCACAUUCAGAACUGCCUCGGGAGAACUGCCCUGUUUGAGAGGGCUUCCAAACCUAGUGGUGGGGUGACCCGGUGCAUGGCAUUGCCUGCCCACCCCUUCAUUUCCAGCUGCAGAGGGGCCAAACCUGAGUGGUGCUACGGCCUCCUUUCAGCCACUUGAAAUGUUGAGAGAAGCUGCAGCCACACCUGGGAUGAAAUGUACAAAUUCAUUCCAGUUAGGCACAGAAUGGCAAGCGGUCUGGGCUUCUGUUCCAAAUCCCUUCUAAAAAGUUGAGCAUUAACCUCGAAAUUGCGGUGACAUCAGUUGUUUGAUGUCAAGGACUAUUCUGUCAUUGAAAGUAUGUUGGAAUCCUUAUCCGCCUGCCGUGGUCUCAGUUCCAAAGGCCAACAGUUCCGUGUUGCCAACGGUUAGGUGUACAACUCCACAUCUAAGCACUUUACAGGCAGCCUGACUUCUGUUUCAGGUGCUGACCACCUGCAAUUUCUGUUGACCUUAAUGGGAUUUGUGGGUGCUCAGCUCUUCUGGAAAUCAGGCCAUUCAGACUCAGCUCUCUAAAUGUGGAUUUUGGAACCUAACUUUAAACAUUCAUUGUUUAAAUCCAUUUAGUUAACAUCCGCUCAUGCCACAAAGACUUCAGGAUGGUUGGUCUUAUUAAUUGGCAGCUUAGGUCACUGUUAAAACUUCCCAGGAAACUGCUGUGAGCCUCAGGCAUAAUCUGUCUUGAAUUCUGCUGUAUGUUUUCCAAUUUUGGAUUGUCAUUUGGGGGUUCUGUUAGUUACAAACUUGUGCUUUUUUUUUUUAACUGGGUGGCAAUUCUCUUCUGAUCAGUCCAAAUAAAAACAGGCUGUUGGUGCUU